AUGAAAUUCCCAGGAUCCAAGGCGAAGAUGAGAGGUAUAUAAUGUGAUCACAUCAAACAGUGUUGGCAUCCUUCUGGCGUCGACGGUGAAACUUGUUUUCCUUGCGCGAAGCUUUGGCAUUCCCCAAUCGCUUCAUCCUCAUCUACUUAACCCUAACCCCACACUCUCACAUACUACAUAUAUAAAACCGCCGUCACGAUGAUGCUCAGAAUUCGUAGCCGCGAUGGCCUGGAGCGAGUGAGCGUCGAAAACCCCCACGCCACAACAGUCUCGGACCUAAAACGGAUUAUCCAAACCCAAUUGGGAAUCCCGGUUCACAACCAAACCCUCUCCACCAACCAGAACCUCCUCUUGGCCAAAUCCCUCGAAGAUCUCCUCCGAUUCACCGACAUGUCCAACCUCGAUGCGUCUCUCUCGUCUCUUAACCUCGGCCACGGCUCCAUCGUCUUCUUGGCCUACGAGGGCGAGCGGCGCGUGGCGGGCCCCGCCUUCAACCCCGCCGGCUCCUUCGGCCGCAAGAUGACCAUGGACGACCUCAUCGCCAAGCAGAUGCGCGUCACGCGCCAGGAGAAUCCACACUGCGAGCUCGUCUCCUUCGACCGCGACUGCGCCAACGCGUUCCAGCACUACGUCAACGACACUCUCGCCUUCGCCGUCAAGCGCGGGGGGUUCAUGUACGGCACCGUUUCGGAGGUGGGAAAGGUCGAGGUGGACUUCAUCUACGAGCCUCCGCAGCAGGGUUCGGAGGACAAUCUCGUCUUUUUCAGGGACCCAGAAGAGGAGAAGUUUGUUGAAGCUAUUGCGGUGGGGUUGGGGAUGAGGAAGGUUGGGUUUAUUUUCACGCAGACGAUUACUCAGGAUAAGAAGGAUUACACUUUGUCGAAUAGGGAGGUGCUUCAGGCUGUGGAGUACCAUGCCGAGAGUGGGUUGAAGGAGUGGGCUACUGCGGUGGUUAAGCUUGAGGUGAAUGAGGAAAUGGGUGGUGCUGAUGUGCAUUUUGAAGCGUUUCAGAUGAGUGAUGUGUGUGUGAGGUUGUUUAAGGAAGGGUGGUUCGAGACGGAGAUCAAGGAGGACGAUGAUCCCAAGUUGUCGAAGAUGAAGAAGGAUGUGGUUGUCGGGGUUAAGGAUACUAGAGAGGUUGACAAUGAUUUCUUCUUGGUCGUCGUCAAAAUCGCUGAUCAUCAGGGUCCUCUUUCAUCAUCAUUUCCCAUUGAGAACCGGAACACUCAAGUGACUAUGAAGGCUUUGAAGAAUCAUCUGGAACGGUCAAAAAAUCUUCCAUUUGUGAAGCGAAUUUCUGAUUUUCAUCUUCUUCUCGUAUUAGCAAGGGUUUUAGACCUGAAUGCUGAUGUUCCUGCAUUGACGGAAUGUGUGCAGACACAGACUUCUGUUCCAGAAGGUUAUCAGAUCCUUAUUGAGUCUAUGGCAAGCACUGCUUGAUGCUGUAUGCAGUUGUUCUGGACUCAUGGUGACACGAGAAUUAUGCACUUUACGUUCAGGUCCUUUGCAGCAACAUGGUGCAUAUUGCCCCAUAGCACUCAAGGAAUGUUUCGUAUGUUGGUAAUUUGUACAUUGCUUCUUUAUUGCUGCGGAAAAUCUCGGAUCUGUCAUUUUACUGAAAAUGAGCUGAUGUGGUUUACAUGUUUUAAUGUUUAAAUUAAUUAGAGAUAGCUCCUUCUAAUAGUUACUAUUUUAAGUGCGAUACUGCUACAAAAAUUAUAGAAUGAAGACAAUGUUUAAAAUGUGUGCUCAAGGCUACUGGAAUGUCUUUCUCGGGCAUUGUGAGCGUGGAGUCGAAUGUCGAACUUGGCUAUGAAUAUUAAAUUAAUACUAUACUACAUCAAA